GAGAUGGAGGCGGGGACUUUGGUGAGGACGAGCUGCAGGAUCACUCUGUUGGUACCUCCGCGGGAGCCUCGGCGGGGGCUACCUCCAGCUCUGGUACAGACAAAGUGUACCAGCGUGGUUCUAGUCGUCUCCCCACCAAGCGGCCCUCUUGUGAAGCUGAGAAGCCGGUCAUUCGUCCAACAGCCAAGAUGGGCUGGGUACUUGUUGCACCCGGGUGUUUUACGAUGCAACCCAAGGCUGUGCUUGGGGUCCUCCUCAAGGACCACUUCCCUGGCAUGGUUCUUCUUGAAGGAAAGGAGGAGCCAGAGGUAGCCUGGACAUGGGCACACUACGUGGCCCAACCGGACUUUCAAGAUAGAGAGAAUGUGGUGUAUGCGAACAAAGCCUAGCGGGUGAAGGGUGAAUUUUGGCGGUUCUUCAAGCUGGCGCAAGGCUAUGAUGAUGCAACAAUUGAACGGCACUUCAAGGCAAGUGUGAAGAAGGCAUUGUCCGAGAUGUUCUAUCACGCGCGUGUCUAUGCCGUAAGGAAGUACUAUGCCGAAGUGAAGAAACAGAGAUAGGAGAAGGCACAAUGUAUCGUGAUGCAUCUCGAGCACGAACAGUACAUGCAGGUUCCUCUGCACUGGUGCAUCUCGCACUUAAAUGCCUGGAAGGCGCUGGUGGACUCGUGGUGCAGCCCGGAGUACGUGGAGACUCACGGGCUCCUUAGGGAGAGGAGGUUGGCGAACCCAAGUGGAAUGCACCAUCAAGGGAGCGUGAACCUGCAGGGCUACAUCAACAACUAUGCGAAGGCUCAUCCGGAUAAAGAACGCCUCACCAGUUUCAUGGCCGUUGACUGCGCCCUCAGGGGAAAGGCGAGCACCGUGUCGGAGUACAGUGCGAACGCCCCGCCCGACGCCUACGCCACCUCGGCUGACCAUGCCAAGGUCACAGGCUACGCGGAGCUUUUUGAGGAGGUGCACGGCCCCGGGGCUGAUCCUAGCCAGCACGACCUGGAUGUGGAAGUGGUCGUGAGGGCGGGAAGAGGCAUGAAGCACGGUAGGCUGGUCUUCAGGAACGGAACCAUUGAUCCGAGCACCAUUUCGAGCCUACCUCACCUGAAGGCUACUUCCACGAGCUCGAGUGCUAGUAUACGCAGUCGUCCAGGUGCACGGCAGUUCUCACAGCAGGAGGUGGAGAGUAUGGUGGCGGCUCAGGUGCAGGCUCAGAGGCAGGCUCAAGAUGCUCAGAUCCAGGCUCAGGUGGCGGCUCAGGCCCAGGCUCAGAUGCAGGCCGCACUGAGGGCUCAGUACGACCACCUAAGGCCGUACCUCGCCGCCACCUCUCAAGAGCCGCCUACAGCACCAUCGCCGUUCGACUUGCCGUUUGUCAAUCUCCAGAUUGAGCAUGCUCCACAGCCUUCUUCACAGACUUUGGUGAGUUCACUCGAAACAUUUCAAUCUCCAUUCAUGACUUUUCUUGCUUUCGUUGAGGGUUGGGGUCAAUGCGUAAUCAUCUGUGCAACAACAUCAAUCCGGCCGUGGCUCGAACGACCCUUCUUCACACGCAAACCUUGCUGGAGGCAACCCUCUUGGCCAGUCACCUGCUCCUAGGCACUAACUUGGAUUUCUACUGGUGCAAUGGGUGGUGGAUGUUGAAGGUGCCCGAGUCACCAUCUUGUAAUAUGUUGCUACCAUGUGAUGAACACUUGUAAUACUUUUGUUGUGAGAUAUGUGAUGUUUCCGGACU